GGCGAUAGAAGAAAAUUGGGGUCCACGUGUCUGCCGGAUGCUGUGAUGUGCGUGCGUUUAUAUCCCAGCAUUCUUUUCUCUCUCUUCCUCUUUCCCUUUCGACGACAAUGUCUAAGAGAGGACGUGGUGGGUCAUCGGGAGCGAAGUUCCGUAUCUCACUGGGUCUCCCAGUGGGUGCGGUCAUAAACUGCGCUGACAACACAGGUGCUAAGAACCUGUACAUCAUAUCCGUCAAAGGCAUCAAGGGUCGUCUGAACAGGCUUCCCGCCGCUGGUGUGGGUGACAUGGUUAUGGCCACAGUGAAGAAAGGCAAACCAGAACUCAGGAAAAAGGUGCAUCCUGCGGUGGUGAUACGACAGCGAAAGUCGUAUCGGCGAAAAGAUGGUGUGUUUCUAUACUUUGAAGACAAUGCGGGGGUCAUAGUGAAUAACAAAGGAGAAAUGAAAGGCUCAGCUAUUACAGGACCUGUAGCCAAAGAAUGUGCAGAUCUGUGGCCCAGGAUUGCAUCUAAUGCUGGAAGCAUUGCCUGAGUUCAAAUGUGGCUUGUUUUCAAUAAAAUACUCAAAGUCUAA